CGUCUGCACACACACAAACGCGCGCUCAAGUUUCUCAAGUCUCUCCCGCGUGACGUUGGUGGAAGAGCCCUCAGGAUGUCGGUCGGCCUGGAGUUGCUCGGCAUCUCCCUGUGCAUCCUGGGAUGGAUCAUCGGCAUCGUGGCGUGCGCCUUGCCCAUGUGGAGGGUGACGGCGUUCAUCGGGAGCAACAUCGUGACGGCGCAGAUCAUCUGGGAGGGUUUGUGGAUGACCUGCGUGGUGCAGAGCACGGGCCAGAUGCAGUGUAAGGUCUACGACUCCAUGCUGGCACUCUCGCAGGAUCUCCAGGCCGCUCGGGCCCUCACCGUCAUCUCCAUCUUGCUGGCCAUCAUGGCCGUGCUCAUCGCCAUAACCGGCGCCAAGUGCACCAACUGCAUCGAGGAGGAAGCCUCCAAAGCCAAGGUGAUGAUAGUCUCCGGGGUUUUCUUCAUCGUGUCUGGCGUCAUGCAGCUCAUUCCCGUCUCCUGGUCGGCCAACACCAUCAUCCGGGAUUUCUACAACCCCUUGAUGACGGACGCCCAGAGGCGAGAACUGGGCGCCGCGCUCUACAUCGGGUGGGCGGCCGCCGCGCUGCUCAUCCUGGGAGGUGGGCUGCUUUGCUGCUCCUGUCCGCCGAGCGAGGCGCGCUACAGCAACUCCAGAAUGGCGUACUCAGCCUCCAGGUCGGCAGGAGGGCAAGGGAUGGAGAGGAAGGACUACGUGUGAGCGAGGAUGUGGACAAAAAAAAAGACUGCCAGGAGAUGAUGGGAAAAUGAUUUCUGUACAUUUUUAACUAACUGUAAGUCUCCCGUGUGACUUGUUCGAAAUUCAUUAACAACUUUUUUUGAGCUACGUAGAAAAGAAUACUGGUUCAUUGUUCCUUCUGCCAUAUUAGAAAAGCUCUGAAUUGUUUCAUCUGUCACUAAACUUUGCUGGAACCAUUUCAUUGUUUCACCUGUCACUAAACAUUGCUGGAACCAACAUUUUUAAAGAUCUUUGUCUAUAUUUUUGAGUCUCAUUGAAUUUCAUGAAAUGCGUGUGAGUGUGGGCUGGAUCAAGUAUUCCACAAAAGGUUUAAAAUAAUAAUCGUAUGUAGGGCAAGAGACUGUUUUUUGGUAAUUAAAAAAAAAAAAAAAAAAAAAAACAACUUCACUUAAC